UAACAGUUUCUUUAUUGUUCUUGAGAUUUUUUUCUAAUUUGAAUCUUUUGGGUUGUGUGUGUGUGAGAUCUUUACUACUACUAUCUCAUCAUCAAAGUUGCUUCCUUUUUCACGGUCUUCUAAUCAACAAGUUUUGGGAAUGAGCCUCUUCUCCUUCUUAGUUUCCCCUUUUCCAAUAAAAUCCGUCUUCUGGGUCUCCUCGAUUUCACCUCUAAGAGUUCGAAAUUAGGGUUUUUUUUUUUUUUUCUUUCUUUAGUUAGGGCUGAUUCGAGGUCGCGGGAGUAAUCUUUCUUUUUGCUUUUUUGUCUCCGAUUUAUUCGUGCCUUUGACACGACACACUAGUGGGUUCUUGACGAACUUAUUCUUUAGGGUUUUUUUUCUUUUUUCUUUUGUCGAAUUGUUCUCUUCUUUGUAGUUGUUGUCUCUUUUGGGUUAGAGAAAGUUUGGUUAUGCUUUGAAUGAUGUUUCAUGGUCAAGGUUUUUCGAGAAACCGUUGUAAUGUUGUGGCAGUUGUUUCUGGAGAGAAUAAUAAUAACCAGAUAGAUGGAGCUCCUCCUCCUCCUCUUCAACCCAAAUACCCUUUUCCAGAUCUCUCUUCUUCAGGGCGACUCAAGAUUCAGGUACUGAAUAAUCCUACGACAGAGGAGUUCCAGGUUGCUGUUAACUCUUCUGCGACGGAUUUUGUCUACUUGCAAGGGGAGCAGACUGGAGAUAGUGAUGAAGUUGGUCCCUUAGUGUUGGGAUUUGCUGCUUUUUCUACUCCUGAUGCCUUGGUUGCUCUGUUUGGUUCCACAUUACCGACAACGGUUUACCUUGAGCUUCCAAAUGGUGAAGAAUUAGCUCAAGCACUCUACUCUAAGUGCUUUCGUAUGGCAGGGUGUUCAAUAUGUUAUAUAUUGGAAAAAUGCUUUCACGAAAUAUGCAGCCUGCCAUUUUCGCCAUGCUCUGUUUUCAGUCAUACAGAGUUCGUGCAGUGAUACGUGGGAUGUGUUCCAUGUUGCAGAGGCAUCUUUCCGACUCUA